CGGGAGAUUAUGCGCAUCCCAAGUCUUAGCGGCUACGGCCUGCGGGUCUACCUGUUGACAAUUCCUGUGGGUUCUUUCACAGAGAAAGACAGAAAAGCAGUGGAAAAACACGUCAACCUGUUAGGUGACAGAGUGUGGUGCCAUACCAUUGUGCUCUUUUCGUGGGGUGAUCUGCUACGGGGCAAAAGCAUUGAGGAACACAUCAAAGAAAUAGGGGAGCCUCUACAAUGGGUCCUACGCAAAUGUGUCAACAGAUACUGUCUCAUCAGUAAUACAACUGGAUAUGACUGUAACCAAAAUGCUCAUGUACUGCAGUACAUUCGAACUCACAUGGCAUCUAUUUCUCUGGACCCGCGUGUUAUUCCACACAGAAAUAACUUUACGGAUGAAGCUCAAUUUAAUUGGAGAGGGCGAGUUCGCACGGAUACAUCAUUUGAAAUGACGAAUCCCGGACGGUGGCGAAACAUGAACAUGCCAAAUUUGAACCAACGAUAUUUAUAGUUGCUUCUGCUUUGUAACAUUGAGGUCAUAUUAGGCUACCAUUUUAUUUAAGAGAUGUUUUAUUUUCCUUUCGUUGUGGUAGACGCCCAUGACCUGGUGGACCCAAUCCCUAUCUCAAUAUAAACGUGAUAGUGUGAUCAUUUGACAAGGGGAGAGGGACUCGCUUCCUAUGCGGAAAUAAUACUAUGAGUUGGGGUCAUCUAGAAUAAAAUUGCUACACGGUUUUAGGAGGUUACGUAUAUUUUUCUCUCACAAAGCUUAUAAGAUGUAAGCUGAUGUUCUCCCGGUUUGAGAACACUUUUAUAAACGACAAACCACGAAUUUCGCUGAGUCGUUGUUCACAAACUGAAAGUUCAGUCCACAUUUAGCCUAGAGAUGCUAACAAUAUUUUUGUCUGGAUUCGUAUUUUUUCCGGGGUUUUACUUCACUUUGAAACACAUCUUUAAAACUCGUUUCAAAAAGUGGAAAGACGCGGAUGUGGCGUUAAUCAGUGAACGGAUGGUGUCCUCUAUCCAUGCAAUUAUGGCUUCCACAUCAGGUGUCUUAAUUGUGGCUUCUUGCAGUGACAUCAUGACUGACAGGCACAGGCUUGCAACUGACUUUGUGUUGUUUGGAGCACCUUAUAUGGCCUAUGACAUAUAUGCCAUGUACCAGGUUCACUACCUGAGUGAACAGGAUAAAGGGCAUGAGGCAUACAAAGGUCAUUCACUUCACACUGUCACUAAGUUCCUCCACAAAGACUUCCUGUUGGUCCUUCAUCACAUUGCCCUGAUCACUAUCUUCAUGCCUGUGACUCUGUUCCUGCGGAGAGGCCUUGGAGACUUCUUUAUUGGAUGUUUCCUCACAACAGAACUCAGCACACCAUUUGUGUCAAUAGGAAAGGUUCUCAUUCAGUUGGGAUUACAAGACUCCACAUUGCACAAAAUCAAUGGUCUGAUGGUUCUCCUUACAUUCUUCCUGUGUAGAAUAUUACUCUUUCCCUUCAUGUACUGGGUCUAUGGUCAUAACUAUAAUAUACCUUUUCACCAAGUGGCCUUCCAUCUUCCAUUGCACUGCAACAUUGGGAACCUCUGUAUACUGGCACCACAGGUGUACUGGUUCAGCCUGCUAUGCCGCAAGGCUCGUCGCCUCUACCUUCGGCAACACAAGAAAAGGAACAGUGACACUCCAAAAACAAAAUGACACCUCUUGAUUAGUCUCUACUUUUUUCACAAACAUGUUUCUCAGGACACCCCCAUCUACCAAGACCACUGACAUUUCUCAGUAUGUGUGAAUAAAUGUGUUCUUUCUGUUCCUUUAAAAUUAUUUACUUAAUUUAGUUUCAAACCAUUUUUGUAUUGUAUUCGGCAGAUGUGUGCUAUUCAUUUUAGUCAGUCAACAAAGAUUAAUUCUGUUUUGUUGUAUUAUGCAUGGAUAAAAAUGAUGGAUAGAAUGUAAUGUAACAGACAGAAAAUGUCAUUGAAGAUGGUUCCAUCAAGACUUUAUUAUGUAAAUAAAAGUGUUGUAAUAAAAUCCAUACUUGAAUUAAA